UUUGGGGUCCGGGCGGAGGCCCGCCCGUGUGGAAGCCGCCUCCGCCGCCGCGCCCCGCGUCGUCGCUCCGGCCGUCGCCAUGCUGGCGCUCAUCUCCCGCCUGCUGGACUGGUUCCGCUCGCUCUUCUGGAAGGAGGAGAUGGAGCUCACACUCGUGGGGCUGCAGUACUCGGGCAAGACCACCUUCGUCAAUGUCAUCGCGUCAAGUCAGUUCAGUGAAGACAUGAUACCCACUGUGGGCUUCAACAUGAGGAAAGUCACGAAAGGUAACGUCACCAUAAAGAUCUGGGACAUAGGAGGACAGCCCCGCUUCCGGAGCAUGUGGGAACGAUACUGCAGGGGAGUCAACGCUAUUGUUUAUAUGAUAGAUGCUGCAGAUCGUGAGAAAAUAGAGGCCUCCCGAAAUGAGCUACACAAUCUUCUAGACAAACCACAGUUACAAGGAAUCCCAGUGCUAGUACUUGGAAACAAGAGAGAUCUCCCCAGUGCCUUGGAUGAGAAACAGCUAAUUGAAAAAAUGAAUCUGUCUGCUAUUCAGGAUAGAGAAAUCUGCUGCUAUUCAAUUUCUUGCAAAGAAAAGGAUAACAUAGAUAUCACACUUCAGUGGCUUAUUCAACAUUCAAAAUCGAGAAGAAGCUGAAGAACCUCCGGAAGUCUUCCGUCCUUGGCUGUAGCCCUAGAAUUACUGUCCGUUCCUCUGAAGUACUUCCCAGAACCUGGUCCUUCCUAAACCUGA